CGCUGGUCAAGCAUCAUUCGGCUCUCAGCAAUCUCAGCUGUUAUAGCACGAACCUUCUCAAAGUCUCAUUAUCUUUUUCUCUGUUGAGCAACCGCACGACUAUCUACCACAACCAUGAAUAAAAUCGUCGCUCUGUUCGCUCUCUUCGCCUGUGCCCUGGCCGCCCCAGCACCGGAACCUGCACCAGGUUUCCUGGCCGCCGCACCAGCAGCCUACCACGCUGCUCCUCUCGUCGCGGCACCUGUCGCCGCUGCACCUCUCGCAGUAGCUCACACUGUACCCGUUGCCACCAGCUACGCCAACACCUACAAACUCUCGGUCAGGAGCCCGGUAGUGGCCGCAGCACCCUACAUCGCAGCUCCAGUAGCGACUGCAGCCGUCGUCAAGACCGCCGCUCCCAUCGUCGCCGCUGCACCGGCCGCAACCGUCCUCGCACACGCCCCGGUCGUCGCAUACUGAGCUAUACCAACUUCGUAAAACACCAAGAUGAAAAACAACGGGUCCACAUCGCCAGCAGCUCUAGUCGACCGUGCUCUCAACGACCACGUCGAUGACCGAGGAUCAUUCCACCUGGCAUCCGGACACGACUCGAGAAUCGACGCUAUCGGCUAAUUAUCUUCAAUAAAUUUUUUGCUAAUUUUCAAUUUUAAA